AUGGUGCUUUGAUGAAACAGUAACGCAUUUCAUAUAUAAGGGAGGACAAAAUGACAACAACAAGGAAUACAGAUCUGUUAAAGAAAGGGGUAUACACAUUGUUUCGGAGCACUGGCUUUUGGAGAGUGCCCAGGAAUAUAAACGUCUUCCUGAAUCUCUCUUUCCUCACACUUACAAUCCCAAAAUGAGCCUGGACAUCAGUGCGGUGCAUGAUGCCAGGUUCUGCUCUUCUGGCACACUUCCAUCAACUGGAAAAGCAGCCGAGGAAAAUGAGAUCAUUCCAGUGGAUGAAGAUGAUGUUGAAGAUGAUGUAACUACCGACCAAAUGAAGGAAGUAGUACCUACAGAGGGAGAACAAGUUGUAGCAAGUGAAGCCAAAGGAGUAUUAACCCAAACACUAGAAAUGAGAGAGAAUUUCCAAAGGCAGCUGCAGGAGAUCAUGUCUGCCACAUCGAUAGUGAAACCCCAAGGACAAAGAGGAUCCCUCUCCAGGAACAGCUUUGAUGGGUCUCCAACCACCCCUGAUGGCCCCCGAUCUGUGCGAAACGGCCGCAGCCGGGUCUUGGAAGCUCUGAGGCAAUCCCGGCAAGCGCUGACAGAUCUCAACACAGAGCCAUCACAGAGUGAGCAGAUCAUCUGGGAUGAUCCUACUGCAAGGGAGGAGAGAGCAAGACUCGUCAGCAACUUUCAGUGGCCUAAUAGUCCUUCCCAGUACACUGAGCAAGUUCAAAGUAACAUCAAUAAGAACAUGGAUGAGUCUACCUUCAGAUCCUUAGCCGAUUCAGAGCUUGCUGCUCUAGAUGGUCCCGAGGCUGGGGAUGGAGAUGUGACUGCAGAUCCAAAGAAUCCUGUGUGUGGAGAUCCUGAAACACCCCUUAAAGAAGAUAAGCUGAUCCCCACUCCACAGGCCCCCAGCAUUGCUUUCCCACUGGCUAAGCCUCCUGUGGCACCACAACCCAAAGAGAAGACUCUUGCAGAAGAUGAGAAGGCUGAUGAAGAACCAGAAAAACAGCGUAAAUUUCAGCUGUCUUCUCUUAAUCCUCAAGAACGAUUUGAUUACUGCCAUCUGAUUGAGGAAUUAGGUGGAAUAGUGCUCGAGAAGCAGUGCUUCGAUCCCAGUUGCACACACAUCGUUGUGGGGCAUCCUCUACGAAAUGAAAAAUUCCUGGCCUCGAUGGCAGCUGGGAAGUGGGUGCUCCAUCGUUCCUACCUGGAGGCGUGCAGAGGAGCUGGCUGCUUCGUUCAGGAAGAAGAUUAUGAGUGGGGAAGUAAUUCCAUACUUAAUGUUUUGUCUGGAAUCAAUGUAAACCAGAAGAAACUAGCACUCGCAGCCAUGAGGUGGAGGAAAAAAAUCCAUAAAGGAAGGCAAGAAACUGGUGUUGUUGAGGGGGCCUUCAGCGGCUGGAAAGUGAUCCUGAACGUCGAUCAAACCAAGGAAGCUGGAUUCAGGCGUCUUCUUCAGUCAGGAGGAGCAAAAGUGUUUUCUGGUCACUCUGGGGCUCUCUUUAAAGAAGCCACUCACCUCUUCGCUGACUUCAGCAAGCUGAGGCCGGAGGAGAGCAGGGUGAACGUCGCGGAGGCAGCAGCCCACGGGGUGAACUGCCUGAAGCCGGAGUACAUCGCGGACUACCUCAUCCAGGAGCCACCUCCUCCGAUGGAGUCCUACUGCUUGCCAGAAGCCGAGUCUAACCUUGAGAACAACAAAGAACUUGGAACUGGAUUAUCCCAGAAAAGAAAAGCAACAGGAGGAACAAGCAGAGUCAAACGAUCCAGAAUACACUGAGAAAAUUCCCUGUUUUUAAUUAAUGCAUUUUUUUAAAAUUCAUAUUUAUAUUUUUUUCAUUCUCACUACAAUUAAAAGCUUUGAGUUUCA